AUGCAGACCAUCCCCGACGGGCACAACGGCUUCUCUGGGGUCAAAACCGGGGAAGAAUGGAAAGUUGUGUCUGAACGCAGGCGGUGCAAGGCCUCGGCCGGGAAGGCGCCUCCCAUCUGCCCGACGAAGCCCAGCCGGACGGAGCUGCUGGAGCAGGAAUUCCAACAACUGCUGCCCGCCUUGCUGCGCAGGGAUGUCAUCUCCGUUUUCAUCUUUUUAGACAACUGUCAUGGAUUUGCCACCACCGACGAGGUGCUGGAUCUGCUGUUUACGAAAUAUGGGUGCAUCGCAGCUGCGUGUGGUGGCGACGACGCGGUCCUGCAGCGCUGGAAACUGGCCAUCUGCUGCAUCCUGGAGAUAUGGAUGGACUAUUAUCAGGAGGACUUUUGUCGGCUCCCCCAAUCUGCCUCCCUGAAGAAGAUUCUGGAAUUCAUAAGGCAGCGCAUGCCAGGCACAGACGUGGAGCUCCGUGCCCGGCGUUACCUGCAACAACUCAGACGCCUCCAUGCAGCGGAGCCAGAGGCUGGGGCUACAGCUUCGGCCCGAGCAAAAGACCCUGAAGCACUUCCGGAGCCCGCCCCAGCCCCAACUGUGGGGCCUGCUGCCUCGGAUGGGCCUGAAGUGCUCGAGGCCGCCCUGGCUGCUGGGGCUGAGGGCUUGGCCCCAGCUGAGGUGCCAGCUGGGGAGGCGAAGCCCCUGCAGAUAGUGGUCACUGCUCUAGAUCACGGCUGCGCCCUGGACGAGCCACGUGCACCUGCGGCCACCCCGGAGGAGGAGCAGGCCCUGGCACCUGCAAUCGGGGUCCCCAGAGUGCCAGAGCCGCCAAUUGCCUCUGGGACAACUGGCUUCAACCUCUGCGCAGCCCCCCUGACCACCUCGGGAGCCCGCCCCCAGCUCCCACCGCAGGGCUCGUCAUGCCUGCAGCCCAACGGAGGCUUGCCCUUCCCGUGUCAUUUCACUGUUUCUAUAUUUUGA